AUGUUGAUACAGAAUACAAUCUCUAAGUCAGUGAACAGACCUACGUAUGGGAACAAGGUGACCGGGAGUGGAGACAGAUCCAUGGAGCUCUGCCUGACACUGACAGAGGCCGUAAUAACAGGAUGUUUACAGCCUGUGGAAACUCUGCCACGGGCGACCACGGGCAAGCGGCAACUGCAGCUGGAAACACGAGCGAAGAGGAAAUGCUGGCCAGCCUGGUUCCCUGCAGAUACCCCAAAUAUAACCCCUCUGACACACAGACGCUACCUGCCCCGACACAGCUCCGUGUUGGAGUGUCAAGGUGAUGAUGAUGAUGAUGAUGAUGAUGAUGAUGAGGAGGAGGAGGAGGAGGAGGAGGAUGAUAAUGGCUAUGAUGAUGAUGAUGAUGAUGAUGCCGAUUGUCCUAGAGAUAACUCCAAGUUAAAAAUGGCAUUCGCCGGACUUCUGACUGAUGCUAACAUCACUGCAGCCCUUGACGCCUGCAAAGCUGCCGACUCUUUCAAGCACAAGGAUUUCUUUGCUAAAGUCGGCCUGGCUGCCAAGACCCCUGAUGAGAUCAAGAAGGCCUUCGCCAUCAUUGACCAGGACAAGAGCGGCUUCAUUGAGGAGGACGAGCUGAAGCUGUUCCUGCAGAACUUCUCUGCCGGAGCCAGAGCUCUGACCGACGCCGAGACAAAGACCUUCCUUGCUGCCGGUGACUCUGAUGGUGAUGGCAUGAUUGGAGUUGAUGAGUUCGCUGUCAUGGUCAAAAGUUAAAUGGACAAACUGACCAACAUCUGACAACCCUAAAGGAACAACUUGAGCCAAGACAUACUCUUCCUCUCUUCUUCUCCUAUUCCCACUCACUCUCUCUCUCUCUCUAGUCAACUCUCUGCACCAAUUUUAUACAUUUGACCUUUGACCCGACCCUCCUGACCACAAACAAACUGCCCUCUCUCUCUCGCUCAGGACAUGCUCACCCAAGUGCUAUCCACGAUGAAUGUACCUGACUAAGUGUUUGGUGUGGUUGACUUGUGUCUCUCUCUCUCUCUCUCUCUCU